UGGACACAUAAUUAUUUAUGCAAUAUUUUCCCAUCAGAGUGCGCUUCAUGCUCUUAAGAAUAACUAUGUUUUUUCGCACAAUUUUUAGAAUGUUCCCGAAGGCACUGUAUGGUAUAGUCCUUGCUGUCGGUGUUUAUUUGAUUUACCCUAACGCACUGAGAAUCUUCUCUUCGGAAGUUGUUGUCGGUCCUCUUCCGGAGGAUGUGUACUGGGGAGCUCCCAAACCGGAAUCGGCGAAAGAGGAUGAGAUCCGUCCGUUCAAAAUCACCACUUUACCAUCGGUUUUGGAGCAUCUGAAGAAACGACUAAAAGAGACGAAAUUUCCUCAUGCACCUCUGAAAGGAGUCAAUUUUGAGUAUGGAUUUAACUUAGAUCACCUCAAAGAAAUUAGAUCUUACUGGCUGAAUAAAUACGACUGGAACAAUCGCCUCAAAUUUUUGAACAGUUUUCCUCAUUUUAAAACAAUAGUCUCAGGUUUAGACAUUCACUUUAUGCACGUUAAACCUUCCGUAACCUCACAAAAAUCGCUUAAAGUCAUCCCAAUUCUACUGCUGCAUAGUUGGCCUGGAUCAAUCAGAGAGUUCUACGAACUUAUUCCGCAGCUAGUCACUCCGAGAAAAGAUUUCGAUUUCAUCUUUGAAGUUGUCGCCCCGUCUCUGCCCGGAUUUGGAUAUUCUGAGGCAGCCGUUAUCCCAGGUUUGUCGACUGCUCCGAUGGGCGUCAUUUUCAAGAAACUGAUGCAGAAGUUGGGCCAUGAAAAAUUCUAUGUUCAUGGCGGGAACUGGGGAUUCAAGAUAGGUCGAGAUAUGUCCAUUUCUUACCCCGAAAAUGACCUAGGGCUGCACGCUACGAUGUGUACGGACUUCGACCUGACCCCAAGAAACCUGGUGUGGACCUGGGCACGGAUAUUCCUCGGCGGCAUCUAUCCACCAUUAAUCGAGGAUCCGAAAGAAGAUCAUGAUCGACUGUAUCCUCUGCGAGACUUCUUUACCUGGUUGUGGACGGAAACUGGUUAUGCGCAUUUACACGCGACAAAACCAGACACCAUCGGGGCUGCUUUGCUUGACUCUCCAACGGGUUUGGCUGCAUAUAUCCUUGGCAAAUUCGCUACUCUGACGAACCCUGCCAAUAUUAACUUACCAGACGGAGGCCUCACAAAGAAAUUCUCCCUUGAUGCUCGGCUGGACAAUGUCAUGAUAUACUGGACGACAGAUUCCAUUUUGACCUCAAUACGGUUGUACAGUGAAUACUGUUCUACAAAGUACAAGGAUCUCAAUUUUGAAAUAGCUCCAGUAAAAGCGCCCACAGCCUGUGCCCGGUUCCGCCAUGAGUUGUUUUACUCUCCCGCUUUCAGUCUGAGGGAAAAAUUUAAGAAUCUCGUCAGAAUUUCGAAAAUCAAUGAUGGAGGGCUCUAUCCUACUUUUGAACUGCCGGACGUUGUUGCGAACGAUAUAUGGUCAUCCAUUCCACUCUUCGCACGGGCGAACAAAAACGUAACAGAUAGUUUAAAAAAAUGAAAAUUUAAUUCUUGUUUAUUUUUUUUAAAUAAAGUGUAUAAUAUUAGUGUUGA